AUGAUAUUGACAUAUUUUAUAUUUAUAUUUUUAGUAUUACAGAGAGUUUACGGAGUGAUACAGCAAUGUGCGACAGUUGAUGUAAAAACAUUAUUGGAAGGUUGCGAUCGUUUGAUGGGAUUAAAUAUUACGAGUAUUGGUGGUACAAUGGUCAACAAUCAUAAUUGCGAUGUGUUAUUACCCAAACAAGUCUUCAUAGAAGAACCACUCUUCCAAUAUCAUCUUGCUGACUCGAAAAAGUUUUAUUCCCUAAUAAUGAUUGAUCCCGACGCCCCACCGAGGAUAGACGGCGAAUUUUUUUUACACAUGCUGAAGUCAAAUAUACCAGGUUUAGCGCUUAAUGCUAAGGAAAACAGCAAAACCAUUGGUAUAGAUUAUAGAGGUUACAAGCCUCCAGCGCCACCUCACGGCACAGGUGUACACCGCUACAUGAGCUUGCUUUACGAACAACUGGAUGGAAACAAUUUUUUGCCAAACGUCCCUUCUUCUCGAACGCGAUUCAAUCUAGCGGACUGGCUUCGAGGUAAAAGUCUUUGUGGACCUGUUGCUGCUACACAAUUUCGGGUACAAUUCUAGAUGGCGUUAGCAGUAUAUUAUCAACGC